AUGUCCCACAAUUUCGAGAAAUCGGUGAAAGGGGCUACUAAAAUCAAGCUCGCUCCCCCCAAAUCCAAAUAUAUCGAGCACAUCCUAGUUGCGACACAUACAGGCGAGGCUGGAGUAGCAGAGAUAUUCCGAACACUGCACCUUCGACUUCGAGAGUCAACAUGGACGGUAGUAUUCAAGUCCCUAAUUGUGAUGCACAUCAUGAUCAGGGAGGGUCAGCUGGACGCUACUCUACAGUAUAUGGCAGAGAAUCCGAGAAAGCUUGCAAUCAGCAGAUUCUCCGAGGCUCAGUCACAAGGAUAUAAUAUCCGCAGAUACUCGGACUAUCUCAUAGCGCGCGCAAACGCAUUCGAGGCCACCAAGACCGACUACGUACGGAGCGGCCAAGGACGGAUGAGGAGACUGACAGUAGAGAAGGGUCUACUACGAGAGACAGAGAUUGUUCAGAAGCAGAUCCGCGCUCUGCUACUAUGUGAUCUCUUGACAGAUGAACCUGAAAAUGAAAUUACACUCACAGCCUUCCGCUUGCUGACUUUGGACCUCCUCACCCUGUACUCCGUCAUGAACGAGGGCACGAUAAACGUCUUGGAACAUUAUUUCGAGAUGUCACGGCCUGAUAGCGAGCGCGCGCUUGAAAUCUACAAAGUAUUCACCACGCAGACUGAGGAAGUCGUGAAGUUCCUCGGUGUUGCGAGGCAUUUUCAAUCAGCCACGCGACUAGAAAUCCCGAAACUUAAACACGCAUCCACGGAUCUAACACGACUCCUGGAGGACGAUCUAAACGAUCCGGACUUCGACCUUCGCCGGCGAGACUAUCUGGCAUCGAAAGGGAAAAGUGGUGGUCCUGCUCCAAAGGUCACAGCAAGUAACACCGGGGGAACUGGGAAUAGGGUCGUCAACAAUUCCAAUCCUGCGCCUCCGCGUCCCCAGACUGCCGAUCCUAGUCUCCCAAAGAAGGAAACCCCGUCAGAUUUGAUAGACUUCUUCGACACAAUUGAACCGACUCCACAAACAAUGGCGACGCAGCAGUUUCACCAACCACAGUUCCAGCAGCAACCGCAGGCGAUGCAAUUCCAGCAGACCGGAUUUCAACAGCAGCAGCCAGGGUUUUACUCACAACAAACAGGCUUCCAACAAGCGACCCAACAGACAGGAGUUGCCCAAGCGGGAUCGUUUGUCCAGCAAAAUCAUAAUCCAUUUGGACAACAGCAAGCACCACAGCCUCUUCAAGCUACGCCGACUGGCGCAGGAUUCGGCGGCUACACCCCGCAACCACAGACAUAUGCUCAGACAGGCCUUGCGCCCAACCCGCAAACUCACCUUUCUCCGUUCCCUCAACAGCAGCAGCCACAGCAGCAGCAGCAGACCACGAAUCCAUUCCGACAAUCCAUGUUGAUGAGCACACCGACAGGCUCAAGCUUGUCUCCCACCCAAUUGAAUCGCAUGAGCACCAAUCCGUUUGCUCGACGGUUGUCAGUUGCGAACCCCCAAUACGCUGGCACCGCCGAUGCGUUCCCGCAACCCCCUCAGCAACCGCCGCAGCCUGUCCAGCAAUUGCAGCCGCAGCGUACUGGGACGAACCCCUUUGCUCGAAGCUCUUCAGUCCCUCCGCAACAGUCUCAAGGGCUGCAGCCACCGGCGGCGGCGCUGCGCCCUAAUCCCACCGGUAGCACGAAUCCAUUCCGACAGAGUGCAUUUAUCAACCAGCAGACCGGCCAGGGGUGGCAGGCCGGCACCCAACAAGGGACAAUGGGUGGUUAUGAGAACUUGGAGACUUUACCUGUUUUUCCACGACCGGGAAUGAUGUAG